AUGUGUCAUCGAGGAUGCCGCAUCUCUCGUUUCAUCGCUUUCCUAAAAACGAAAGCGGUUAUCACAGGUCAUUCGACCUCAUGUGUUACCACUUCGAAAUACGUCACAAACAGAAGGUUAAUUCCAACAUACAUUUGUUGGCCUGACAAUAACAAAUUGGCGGAUAUUGAAAAUGCUUUUCAUAGACGAUCCGGAGGUUUUCCUGGUGUAAUUGGUGCUGUCGAUGGAUGUCAUAUCGAAAUUAAACAACCUGCUGGAAAUGCGAAUGAUUACUAUAAUCGAAAAGGCACACAUUCCAUAAUAUUACAAGGAACAUGCGAUCAUACUGGAAAAUUUAUUGAUGUGCUCAUAGGAGCACCCGGUAGAGCACACGAUGCAAGGAUUUUGCGGCAUUCAUCUUUGUACCGAAGGCUAACAAAUACCCAACAUCCUUUAUUACCGCCAGACAAACAUCUCCUAGGGGAUUCAGGUUAUCCACUUCUUUUAAAUUUAUUAACACCAUUUAGGGAUAAUGGCUUAUUAUCAGCUGCAAAUAUUAAUUACAAUAUUAAACAUGCUUCAAUUCGUUCAGUAAUCGAAAGAGCUUUCGGACGACUGAAAGGUAAAUUUCGUCUAUUUUAUUUAGAUGUAAAGUCAGUGCCGAUGGCAACUUCAAUUGUGGGUGCAUCAUGUAUGCUUUACAAUUUUAUUCUCAUUCAUGAUGGAGUUCGUCGUGAUAGCGACUUAUCAAAUCGAAAUUCAUCUUCAAGUUUUGAUGAUGAAGAUGAAAUGGACGAAGAUUCGGAUGACGAAGAUGAUGAUGAUAACGUUAUAAAUCUUAAUGCAAUUCAAAAACGAUUGCAAAUAAUGGAAUCAUUAGGAUAA